AUGAUGCUCUUCCAACACAACUCCUCCUCGUCCAAAGAAGAAAGCAAAGUUUCUCAGAAUGCCUCAACUUCCAGAAGCCUCUAUUGGUAUAGUAAACAAGCUGAAGGUAUAGCUACUGCAGGAGAGGAAUUUGCAGGAAAUGAUGAAGGAGAUGACAACAAUUUGAAUGUUGAAGGCCAUGUAGAGGAUGUCUUUGAGGACCCAUUAUUUGAUGAGGGUGAUGUUGACUUAGUAGAUGAUAUGGACUUGUUUGACAUUAAUGUUAAGAUGAGAUUACCAGUUGGGCAAAAUGCAACUGAUGUUGCAUGGGAAGAUAGUACUGAUGAUGGUGAUGAAUCUGAUGGAUUAUCGAGCAUCCAUUCAAGUGACCAUGAAGGUACAAGGAAGAGGUGGCCUAAAUUUAAUCCUAAAAGAGACAUGAAGAAUCCUAAAUUCUAUGAAGGAAUGCUAUUUGCAUCAUCAGCUAUUCUGAAUAAGGCCGUGAGGCGAUAUAACAUAAUCAAUAAGGUUAAUGUUGGGGUUGUGAGGAAUGAGAAGAAGAAUGUUAAUGCUGAUUGUUUUUACAGUAAAGUCUGGUUUUUGAGAGCCUCAUUGAACAAGAAAUUGAAUGCCAUCCAGAUUAAGAAAUAUAAAAAUGAGCAUACUUGUGGGAAGGAACUGCCUACCAAAUAUAUCACACAGAGUUGGUUAGUAGAAACAUACAUGGACCAUUUCUUAGCUAAUCCUAAAUGGUCAUCAAAGGCUUUUGCUUAUCAACUGAAUGUUGAUUACAAAGCUAAAGCCAAUAGGAUGAAGUUAUGCAGAGUUGGAAAGCAUGCUUUGAAAAUGUUAAAAAUGGAUAAGGAGGGACAGUAUGGCAGACUAUGGGAUUAUGUUGAGGAGUUAAAGAAGAGAAAUCCAAGUUCUUCCAUUUCUAUUGGGUGUGAUCACUUGAUAUUCCAAAAGAUGUAUGUGUGUAUUGAGGCAUGCAAGAAGGGCUAUCUGAAAGGCUUUGUGGAGAUUAAAUUAAGAGAGUCAUGGUCUUGGUUUAUUAAUAACUUGGCCAAUGAUUUGAACAUUGAAGAUUCAAGACAAUGGACCUUAAUGGCAAAUAUAGAAAAGGGAUUGGUCCAAGCUCUAGAUAACCUUAUGCCACUGGCAGAAAAAAGGUUAUGUGUGAGGCAUCUAUGGAAAAAUAUGUGCAGUGUUGAGGAUAUCAAGAAAGGAGAGUUCAAAAGAUGCAUGGAGAAUCAGAAGAAAGAAGAUCAGAAUGCAUGGAAUUGGCUUCAAGAUAAGCCACCUACACAAUGGAAGUGGCAGCUAUCAGGUAUACCUAAAAACAAUGCAAUUGCUUGUAUCAUACAGGAGAGGAGAAGGCCUGAAGAAUUUAUGGACAGCUUCUACAGUGUGGAGAGCUUUAAGGCCUCCUAUGAACAUGUAAUAUACUCCCUCAAAGAUAUGGAUGACUAUGAACUAACAGGAUUGGAACCCAUAAAAACCCAUGCCUUUACCACAAAAAGAGGGAGAAUCCAAAAUGUUAGGAGGAAGACAACAAAUGAACAAAUUGCACAUGUCACAGAGGAUAGAGUCCAUAUCAUCAACAAGACAUGA